GAAAGUCUCUCAGGAUUACCACAUAUGGACCAGAAUAUCUGCAUCCUCUCCACUCCAAAAUGCUCUUAUCUUUCACAGUAAAGCCCAGCCUACGCUUUCUUCCUAUCCUAUGAUGAUUCCAUUCCCACAUUACCACAACCUUAAUGUGAAAGCAAAACCGACCUCGCUCUCAACCGCAUCAAAACAACACCAAAUUGAACCAAGAAUAUAUAACAUUCUCUUUCUUUCAUUUUCAAAGCUAUUCUUUCUAACACAAUGAGCCAAUGUGUUCCCAGCUGGGAUCUCCACGAUAAUCCCUCUCUUGCCAAGCAAUCCCUUCGUUCCCAUUCCAAUUCAAUCGCGCCUGACGUCCUCAUGUUAGACUACGAAGUAGCGGAGCUAACAUGGGAGAACGGCCAAUUAGCCAUGCACGGACUAGGUCCACCGCGUUUGCUUGCCAAACCCAUGGCCUCCACCUCUCCCUCCAAGUGCACCUGGGACAAGCCACGCGCCAAUGGAACCCUCGAAUCCAUAGUCAAUCAAGCUACUCGCUUGCCCAAACGCAAGCCUGGUUUGGAGAAUUGUGGAUGUGGAUCACAAGAGCUUGUCCCAUGGUUCGAGCACAACCCCGCACGAACUGCGGCCUCCCCUACUAUGACUAUGGACGCCACGGUCCCUUGCUCCAACCGGCCUGAGGAUCGUAGCACGCACGUGAUGGACUCCGUGCCGGGCUCAAGCAACUGCGUGGUGGGAACCUCAACUGACGUGGGGUCGUGUAGCGGCCGAGCUGCAACUCAGGACGAGGAAGCUACGGUCCACGUGAAACGCCCGAGGGUGGCGCGUGUCUCUGUGGUGCCCGAGUGGAGCAGCAGGCAAAGCGUUAGUGGCAGCGAAAAUUUUGGAAGAGAUAGUCAGCAGGAAAACACCAGCUGCGGCAGGCCGGUAACCAAGACGGCCACCGAAGAUGAGAACGACUCCGUUUAUCACAGUGGACCAUUUCAGAGGGAUGCAGGCGAUGAAGAGGAGGACGCGAAGAAAGGAAACGGGAAGUCCUCCGUUUCAACCAAAAGAAGUAGGGCUGCGGCCAUUCAUAACCAAUCUGAACGUAAAAGGAGAGAGAAGAUAAACCAAAGGAUGAAGACACUGCAGAAGCUGGUCCCAAAUUCUAGUAAGACGGACAAAGCCUCGAUGCUGGAUGAAGUGAUCGAAUAUCUGAAACAGUUGCAAUCUCAAGUCCAGAUGAUGAGUAGAAUGCCACUGAUGUUGCCAAUGGCAAUGCAACAACAACUGCAAAUGUCGAUGUUAUCUCCAAUGAAUAUGGGAAUGGGUGUGAUGGACAUGAACUCAAUUGCUUGUCUCAAUCUUGCUGGUAUCUCUCCGGUGCUUCAUCCCUCCGCUUUCAUGCCCAUGGCUUCCUGGGAUGCAUCGGCUGACCGCUUGCAAUCUGCUUGCACUACAGCUAUGCCUGAUGCAUUAUCCGCAUUCCUCGCAUGCCAGUCACAGGUAAACAUGUAAAUUUGUUGCAGCCUAUGACCAUGGAUGCUUACAGUAGAAUGGCUGCCAUAUACCAGCAGCUGCAACAGCAACCUCCUGCUUCUAGCUCCAAAAGCUAAUUAAGCUAUAUAUAAGUCUGCGUAAUCAUGGCUUCGUUCAGUUGGUAAAACAAAAGCUGAAGCUGCAGGGCUUGUGAAAAAAUGAAGCAUAGAUCUCAUGCUUCCAGAAAGCUUGUGCUCAACUGCUUCUGAGUAUAUGAAUAUAAUUACGUUUAUCAAAAUGCUUAGCUGCAAGCAUCAAUGGAUGCUUGUUUGGAUAUGUAAGCCCCAGUUUGAUAUACCUGUAUUGCGUGUGAUAUUUUUAUUUUUCCAAAUUUUCAUUCUUUA